AUGGCCUCGCCAACAGAUCCCAGCGACAGUGCGAGCGGAAUUCCUCUAAAGUACAAAAUUGGAGUACCACUCGCUAUUGUGUUUCUCUCUCUCUGUGCUGUUGGAAUAGCUUUCCUGGCAGUUCGAUACGGUCAGAAUUCCGUCGGAGUAAUCAAAUCAACAGGAGGAUCAACAAUGUAUCAAGCAACAACAGCGAAGAACGAGCAAACAACAGGAGCACCGAAGAACAAACAAACAACAGGAGCACCGAAGAAAGGGCAAACAACAGGAGCAGCGAAGAACAAACAAACAACAGGAGCACCGAAGAAAGGGCAAACAACAGGAGCAGCGAAGAACAAGAAAACAACAGGAGCACCGAAGAACGGGCAAACAACAGGAGCAGCGAAGAACAAGGAAACAACAGGAGCAGCGAAGAACAAGAAAACAACAGGAGCACCGAAGAACGGGCAAACAACAGGAGCAGCGAAGAACAAGCAAACAACAGUAGCAGCGAAUUCCGAACCCUCAGAUUGUGGAACAGUAAUGUCAAUGAAAUCCAGGCAGAAUUUACUACAUUGGCAUAACAAAUAUCGAUCAAUUGCUGCUAAAGGAGAGUAUGAAAUUACCACGGAAAAAGGGAAAUUUAGAAAGCUCCCGCCAGCAAAGAAAAUGUACCAGCUGAAAUACAACUGUUCGCUUGAAAAGUCAUCCCUAAAGUGGGCGAACACCGUUCAAUGCGAAAUGAAGCACUCUGAUUACCCCGUGGGCGAGAAUCUGUUUGCUACAACCGGAAAAGUUACUCAAGAAGAAGCCGCUGAUAUGGCUACAAAGCCAUUGGCUGAUGAGAUAGCAGAGUAUGGAAUGUCAGCAUUGAACGAAUAUAGAGAUGAAAUAGGACAUGCAACACAGGUAUUAUGGGCGGAGACACUGACAAUGGGUUGUGGAAUCGAGCAGUGCAGCAAUGGUUGGACUAUGGUUGUGUGCCAAUACUAUCCACCAGGAAACUACAUUGGUUCACCGAUGUACAAAGCAGGGAAGACAUUGUCUGAGUGCGGUUUAGAAAGAAGAAACGAGGUCCCUCAUUUCGAAACUGGACUAUGUGAACUGUUGUGA